AUGGCUAGAUCAAAAGUAUUUUUCGACAUUUCCAUUGGUGGCGCUCCCAAGGGUCGUGUAGUCUUCGAACUUUACAACGAUGCUGUCCCUAAGACCACAGAGAACUUUUUAAAACUAUGCGAAGGCAAUUGCGGUAUGAGUAAAACUAAGCCAGACAUUCCUCUCUGUUACAAGGGCUCAAUCUUUCACAGAGUGAUCAAAAAUUUCAUGUGCCAAUUUGGGGAUUUCACGAACUUUAAUGGCACAGGAGGAGAGUCCAUCUACGGUGAAAAAUUCGAGGAUGAAAAUCUUACGCUAAAGCAUGACAAACCGUUUCUACUUUCUAUGGCGAAUGCCGGGCCCAACACAAAUGGUUCACAGGCAUUCAUUACAUGCGCGCCCACACCACACCUAGACGGAAAGCACGUAGUGUUUGGCGAAGUGAUACAGGGCAAGCGGCUCGUGCGCGCGAUCGAGGCUCAACCUACAGACUCUGGGGACAAGCCGGAAAGUGAGGUGAAGAUUGAAGAUUGUGGUGUCCUGCCGGACGACUACGAGGUGCCAGCUGACGCCGAAAAGACUCCCACCGACGAGUUCGGGGACAACUACGAGGAUCUGCUGGCCGAGGAUGCCAAGGUCAACCUAGACGACUUCUCAACGGUACUAGCUGCUAUUGAGAAUGUCAAAGCCAUCGGAACUAAGCUGUUCAAGGAGCAAAACUACGCUGCAGCGCUCUCCAAAUAUCAAAAAUCUGCAAAUUUGAUGAAGCAGUACCAACCAGAGCAUCUUCCAGACGAUGAAAUCUCCCAACUGGACCAACUUAAGGUUUCUGUCUUUCUGAACGUGGCCCUGUGCGGUCUUAAGACCAAGGAAUACGCUACGACCUUAACUUCCUGUACGGAAGUUCUACAUUCCGACAAUGCAGACGACAAAUCGAAGGCCAAAGCUCUCUACCGUCGUGGCUUGGCAUACUACUCCAUGAAAGAUCCAGAAAUGGCGCUGACUGACCUUGAAUUCGCUACUACUUAUCAGCAGAAUGACGCUGCCAUUUUGAAAGCCAUCGCCGACGCUAGAAAACUCAAGAAAGAACAGGUCGCGAAACAAAAAAAAUCCCUAUCCAAAAUGUUCUCAUAA